GAUUCUCCGUUUAUAUUUAACAUUAUAAAGAAAGGUUCAUCACGCUACUAAACGCAAAACAAUACACAUCGAGAGAGCAGAGGCACAGAUCUAGCCAGCAAUACUAUCUCCGUGUCUCUCUCACUCCACAUAUCAUGGGUUUCCCAGCACCCUCCUCCGACACCCCCCUCAAGUUUCUCAUAUACGGCCGCACCGGCUGGAUAGGAGGACUCUUAGGCAAACUGUGCACCGCCCAAGGGAUCCAAUACGAAUACGGGUCGGGUCGUCUUGAGAAUCGAUCUUCAUUGGAAUCUGACAUAGCUGAGAUUAAACCAACACACGUGUUUAACGCUGCUGGUGUUACGGGUCGACCCAACGUGGACUGGUGUGAGACUCAUAAAGUUGAAACUAUUCGUGCUAACGUUGUUGGUACUCUCACUCUUGCUGACGUGUGCCGUGAACGUGGACUUAUUGUUAUUAAUUUUGCUACUGGAUGUAUUUUUGAGUAUGAUGUGAAUCAUGUUCUUGGAUCCGGUAUUGGUUUUAAGGAAGAAGAUACUCCUAAUUUCAUUGGUUCUUUUUACUCCAAGACCAAGGCUAUGGUAGAGGAUCUGCUCAGGAACUACGAUAAUGUAUGCACCUUGAGAGUGAGGAUGCCUAUUUCAUCUGAUUUAUCCAACCCUCGCAAUUUCAUCACAAAGAUCACUCGAUAUGAGAAGGUUGUAGAUAUUCCAAACUCGAUGACCAUUUUAGAUGAACUUCUUCCCAUCUCAAUUGAGAUGGCAAAGAGAAACCUCACUGGAAUCUGGAACUUCACAAAUCCUGGAGUUGUUAGCCACAAUGAAAUCUUACAGAUGUACAAAGACUAUAUCGAUUCAAGCUUCACCUGGAAGAAUUUCACUCUUGAGGAACAAGCUAAGGUGAUAGUUGCUCCAAGAAGUAACAAUGAGCUUGAUGCGGGAAAAUUGAAGAAGGAAUUUCCAGAACUAUUGUCUAUCAAGGAAUCACUCAUUGAGAAUGUCUUCAAGCCAAAUCAGAAGGUUAAAGCUUGAGUAGCGAGGCUCACAAUUUUAUCAUAUAUCAUAUCAUUGUUUUGAUUUAUUUCAGUUGUGUGGAUGCUACAAAGAUGUGCCUCUCCGUUCAUAUGAUUCAGUGCCUGUAUUUUUAUUUAUAUGUUGUAUUUGUACCAACUCUUGAAUAAAUUAGUUGCAAGUUACUCAUUAAGAAGGAAUUGUUUUGUAUGUUUUAUCUCUUGUAUGAAUUUUAAUUGCAUUUGAUCCGUUUGAGCGAGA